CGAAGAAACGCUUGGCUGAGAGUAAACUCUGAGAGUCUGUAAACUAUUAUUAGCCUUCUUGAUCAAUGGGUGGUGGUGGUGGCAAUCUCGUUGACGGUCUUCUUCGUUGGCUUUUCUUCCAGCGUCGUCCUUCUUCCUCCAAUACUCACGAUCCCGAUAACUUAGUCGACCACGGUGAUUCAAAUAACCCUAAUGAUAUUGUAGCUUUCGAUCAGUCUAAGCUAAAUCUAAUCAAAGUUCCAAAACGAGACCAUUCUCCCAUGGAUGCUCAAAAGAAGGCUAUACCUAAUGCUGACUUCUUCACUGAGUAUGGAGAAGCAAACAGGUAUGAGAUCCAACAAGUAGUUGGCAAAGGAAGCUAUGGAGUUGUUGGUUCUGCUAUUGACACCCACACUGGAGAAAGAGUUGCUAUCAAAAAGAUCAACGAUGUCUUUGACCACAUCUCUGACGCUACUAGGAUCUUGAGGGAGAUCAAGUUGCUACGACUGCUUCUUCACCCUGACGUUGUGCAGAUUAAACACAUCAUGCUCCCUCCUUCCAGAAGAGAGUUUCGUGAUGUUUAUGUGGUUUUCGAGUUGAUGGAGUCUGAUCUUCAUCAGGUGAUUAAAGCUAAUGAUGAUUUAACUCCUGAGCAUCAUCGGUUUUUCUUGUACCAGCUUCUCCGUGGUUUGAAGUAUGUUCAUGCUGCGAAUGUAUUUCAUAGGGAUCUGAAACCAAGGAACAUUCUAGCUAAUGCUGAUUGCAAGUUGAAGAUAUGUGACUUUGGACUGGCUCGUGUAUCUUUUGAUGAUGCUCCGUCUGCUAUCUUUUGGACUGAUUAUGUUGCUACUCGGUGGUAUCGUGCCCCUGAGCUCUGUGGAUCUUUCUUCUCCAAAUACACCCCUGCGAUUGAUAUUUGGAGCGUUGGUUGCAUAUUCGCUGAAAUGCUUUUAGGGAAGCCAUUGUUUCCUGGAAAAAAUGUAGUUCAUCAAUUGGAUCUUAUGACCGAUUUUCUUGGCACUCCACCUCCUGAGGCAAUAUCCAAGAUCAGGAAUGAUAAGGCGAGGAGAUAUCUUGGCAACAUGAGGAAGAAACAGGCUGUCCCAUUCUCUAAAAAAUUCCCUAAAGCUGAUCCUUCUGCCCUACGCCUGUUGCAACGCCUGAUUGCCUUUGAUCCAAAAGAUCGUCCAUCCGCCGCAGAAGCACUUGCUGAUCCGUAUUUUAAUGGUAUUUCAAGUUCAGAGAGGGAACCAUCAACACAGCCGAUUUCAAAGCUUGAAUUUGAGUUUGAGAGAAAGAAGUUAACAAAAGAUGAUAUCAGAGAGUUAAUCUACAGAGAGAUACUGGAGUAUCAUCCUCAGAUGCAGGAGGAAUACCUUCGUGGCGGCAAUGAGCUCAGCUUCAUGUACCCUAGUGGUGUAGAUAGGUUUAGGAGGCAGUUUGCUCAUCUUGAAGAAAAUCAAGGGCAGAGUGGACGAAGUACCGCGCUUCAGAGACACCAUGCUUCUUUACCAAGAGAGAGAGUUCCUGUACCCAAAAAUGAGACAGUAGAAGAAAGCAGCAACGAUAUUGAGAGAAGAACAUCAGCUGUUGUAGCAUCAACCUUAGAUAGUAGUCCCAAAGCUUCACAACAACCUGAAGGUGCAGACGAUGAAGGAGGAUACAGUGCACGUAACCUGAUGAAAAGUGCUAGCAUCAGUGGUUCUAAAUGUAUAGGUGUCCAAUCUAAAACCAACAUUGAGGACGCCAUAGCAGAGGAACAAGAUGAGAUAGUUGCAGAGGUGGUUGAGAAAGUUGCAUCUAUACACAAUACUUAG